AUGGCGAACAUCGUGCUGUACGCAUUGCUCGUGACGGCCUCGCUGGCCACUCUCACGCAUGCAGGUGCAGCGCGUUUCGGCGACCGUAUCGCGCCACGAGUACCUGCGCCGUACGCACCACGCAGUGCACCCGCGUCGCACCAUUACGUCGAAAAUGAAGAUGACGAUAUGUACGAACAAGAUUUCGAUGAAGAAAGCGUUAAAGAUGCAGAAGAGGAACCACCAUUAGAGACAAAACCUCCGCCACGGCGACCUACACGUACUGAAGCUCAUCGAUUGGAAAUGAGCACGGAAUAUUUUGUUGUACCCGAACGACCUUCAUCGGCCCCAGUACCCUCUUCAACGAUUCGUGUAAUUACAUAUUCAACAUUAAAGCCGAUAAAUGCGACACCCGUUCAAGUAACACCUUCACCGAAACUCACCAUACUCAGGCCAGAAUCUUGGGCAGUGCCAAUAUUAGCAUUAGCUAGCGUAAGCAUGAUUAUCAUUGGAGGUUUUGAAUCUUUUAUAGUGUGGGGAGCAAGUAAGAAAGCGCCCAGUCAGCGACAUUUACUCCUCGGACAGACUUUACUUUUCGGACUAUUUACUUGUGCGGCUACAGCAGCACUAUUUACCGCUGCACCUACUGCAUUUACGUGCGGUGCUGUGCGCUUCGGAACUGGAGUUGCCUAUGUGAUUGUGUUUGCAUCGCUACUUGUCAAAUGUGUAUUUUUAUUAAGUUUAAAUGGUGGCGUGUACUUACCAGCAGCAUACCAAGGACUAUUAUUAUUUUUCGCGGUAAUGAUUCAAGUGGCAAUUGGCGCACAAUGGUUAGGUGGUUCACCUCCUAGAGUCCCAAUCGAAGCAACGCGAUGCGACUCUCCGUUAUCAGACUUGUUACUGUCGUUAUGCUACGCAGCAUUUUUAAUUGCAGUUGUGUGUAUUGUAGCUUUAAGAUCGCGUGGUAUACGCGAUAAUUACCGAGAAGCGACCCAUAUUGCAGGUGCUGGAGGUGCGACCGCCGCUGUUUGGAUUUGUUGGGUGGCAGCAGCCCUGGGUGCGCCAGAACAGCACCGAGAAGCAUGUGUCGCAGCUGGAUUAUUAGGCACAUGUGCUGUAGUGUUUGCAUUAAUGUUUGCGCCAAAAGGAAGGCGACUCGCCGCAUUAGGUCGUGAGGGCCGAUGGGAUGCAGACCGAGAGGAAGGAUUGAGUUCAAUUGGAGCGGGUGCUUCAGGCUAUUCGCCUUCGUUCUUCCAUUUCAAGCCAGUUAAGUACGGCAUGGUUUCGGCGGCAGCCCCAGCGCCGCCUAUGCUCGACCGCAAGGAGCCCCCUGCUCAGCCAGCCGAUCCAUAUGAGUUCAUGUUUGCCGGGUCGCACCUGCACGAACGUUCUUUGUGUCCUCCGUCACAGUAUCCCCUGCACCCUCUAACACAUUACCACUACAACUAUCAGCCUUAUCACUAUCUUCUACCACCAGGCGUGAUAAUGCGUCCGGAGGAGGGCAACGUGUACACGAGCGUGGAGCCCACCUUCAGCAGCAACCCCAACGUCUACUUCCAACGCACAGAGCCGUUGCACGUCGGCAUGAUGUAC